UCAACAUCCCUUCUCCAUACCUCGUUGCGCACCAACAACGAUUUCAAGGAUGGCGGUUGGCACAAUGCAUGUGUUGUGCCUCACCGCCACUGCCACAAAGUCGCUGGCCUCAGCGGGACCUCGGACCGAAAGUGGCGGCGCGGCGUACGCAGGGCAAAUGGACGCCGUGGCGCUGGCUCGCCUGGAGGACCGUGCGUUGGGUUCGGGCGAUGCGUGCGGACGAUAAUCCCGCACUCGGCUGCGACUGUGCUCGGACGCCUCCCCCUCCGACCGCUCCUGCCUCCGUCCGCUUCUCACGGAGACGAGCCUGGAUCCAGACUCGAGCCUCGAGCCUCCGCCUGCGCCUUUCGAGCUUGUUCGUUGUUCGGUUCAGCACCUGUUCGAGCAUCCCUGGGGGUGUUAGGCUCAGGUCGGGGGGCAGUCGCGCCAGUGCGGACGGCCAAGACGCGCGGCCGGGGAGACCGUCGGCGAGCAGAUGUUCGGCGGUGUGCAUAGAGUGGACGGUGCUGUCAGGGAUGGCCCGAGGUAUCUCCGCCGAGUGUGGACGACAGAAGGACCGUCGGGAUCGCGGAGGUCGCCAGCGGCGGAAUGUGUUCCGCUGCUUAAUCAUUACACGUCAGCUGGCGCCAGGUGCGCGGCACAUGGGCAGGACAUGCAGGAUACACGCAGGAAGAGUGCAGGACUCGCGAGAACGAGCCAAGCCGCGGCGCUGACGACCUGGUUGGCCUGCGGCCUGGUUGCAACAAGCGACAGGGGACUGCGCCCACCAGGUCCCAGCC